AUGUACCCAUCAUUUCCACCGGGUUGUCCACCACCUAUGCCACCUCCUCCACCACCGGCAGCAAUCCCCACUCCACCCAUGAGUACUAUGACUCCAUACAGUAUAUCAUCCAUGGAUCCUUUAAUACAAGCUCAUAUGGGUCCACCACCACCUCCUCCACCUCUCCCAAAACCGCCGCCAGGUUCAAAACCUAUUCCAUCAGUUACAGGUAAACCUCCACCAGCAGCACCACCUCAUGCACCCUUUGCUGCAAAUCCAUCCACUUGUUGGGGUGACAGUAUAGCCUGCCUAACAAUCGCAUUUUGCUGGUGUUUUAUCUGUGAGGAGUAUAACGGGCCUGAAGAGUAUUAUUAA